GUGAAUGUUUCGGACUAACAUAAACACCCCAAACUGCCACCAACCUCCUCCAGCCGUCUGACAUUCGCUGUCACUGCCGUCCGAGAGCACCGCUGCCGACCGUUUGAGAGCAGGCGAGCAGAUCAACGCCUGAGAAAUACGCUGUGAUUAUAGGGCAACCCGGAGGGAGGAAAAAAAAUAACGUGAACCCGCAGCGGUGGCAGGAGAGACCGUGGACAGUCAUAUCAGCAAUCAGUUUGGGCUCCCGGAGGAUGUCUGCGACAACUGUCGAUCAGAGACCUAAAGGACAAGGAAACAAAGUGCAAAACGGUUCGAUGCAUCAGAAGGAUGCUGUAAAUGAUGAUGACUUUGACAAUUACCUGAGCAGUCAGUCAAAUCAGAGUAAUAGCUACCCACCAAUGUCUGAUCCCUACAUGCCCAGCUACUAUGCUCCCUCUAUUGGAUUCCCUUACUCCCUGGGAGAGGCUGCUUGGUCCACUGCAGGAGACCCUCCUAUGCCUUACCUGACCACGUAUGGACAGAUGAGCAAUGGUGAGCAUCACUUCAUUCCUGACGGAGUCUUCAGCCAGCCCGGUGCUUUAGGCAACACGCCCCCCUUUCUCAGUCAACACGGAUUUAACUUCUUUCCUGGAAAUGCAGACUUUUCUACCUGGGGCACCAGUGGUUCUCAGGGACAGUCAACACAGAGUUCAGCGUACAGCAGUAGUUAUGGAUACCCGCCAAGCUCUUUGGGCCGGGCCAUUGCUGAUGGACAGGCUGGAUUUGGUAGUGACACGCAACUUAGUAAAGUUCCAGGGCUCAGUAGUAUCGAUCAGGGAAUGGCAGGACUGAAGCUCGGCUCUGACAUGUCAGCUGUUACGAAAACUGUUGGGUCUCCUUUAGGAGGGACGGUGGGUAUGAGUAGCAUGGCCGCUAACAGCAUGCCACCUGUCAGCUCCUCUGCACCGAAACCCACUUCAUGGGCAGCCAUCGCGAGGAAACCUGCAAAGCCUCAGCCUAAGAUGAAGCCGAAGCCCAACAUGAUUUUGGGAAGCGGCGUCACAAUUCCUCCUCCGCCAAUAAAGCAUAACAUAAACAUUGGGACUUGGGAGGACAAAGGGUCCAUCACCAAACCCCCUCUUGCGCAGCAGAUGCUGCCCCCUCAGCAGUUGGUACAGCAGCAACUCUUGGCCCAACCUCCACCCAUGCUUCAAAGUCCUUUGCCACCUCAACACCAACCCCAACACCAGCAGCUCCAGGUCCAAUCUCCCCAGCACCCUCAGCAUCUUCCCCCAGGUCCUCCCCACCAUCACUCGCAGCCAGGACCUCCACAGCCCCUGCACCCAUCUCAGGCGCAGAACCCCCUAAUCCAAAACCGCUGGGUGGCCCCUCGGAACCGAGGAACCAUGUUUAACCAGAACAGCGGCAUGGAUAACUUUGGCCUUGGGACAGGAGUCCCCAUGAGCUCAUCGCCUUCCUCCAGCGAGGUUCAUCCCGUGCUGGAAAAGCUUAAGGCCCUCAACAAUUACAACCCCAAAGACUUCGACUGGACCUUGAAAAACGGACGGGUCUUCAUCAUCAAGAGCUACUCUGAGGACGACAUCCACCGCUCCAUCAAGUACUCCAUCUGGUGCAGCACAGAGCAUGGAAACAAGCGCCUGGAUGGUGCCUACCGCUCGCUCAGUGCCAAAGGUCCACUGUACCUGCUCUUUAGUGUCAAUGGCAGUGGACACUUCUGCGGCGUGGCGGAGAUGAAGUCAACCGUGGACUAUAACGCGUAUGCUGGCGUCUGGUCCCAGGAUAAAUGGAAGGGCAAGUUUGAGGUGAAAUGGAUCUUUGUUAAGGACGUGCCCAAUAACCAGCUCCGGCACAUCCGCUUAGAAAACAAUGACAACAAGCCUGUCACCAACUCCAGAGACACUCAGGAAGUGCCCCUAGAGAAAGCAAAGCAAGUGCUUAAAAUUAUUGCGACUUUCAAGCAUACCACCUCAAUCUUUGACGAUUUUGCACAUUACGAAAAGCGGCAGGAGGAAGAGGAAGCCAUGCGAAGGGAGCGAAAUAGAAAUAAGCAGUAGGUUUACAGAGAUCUCCUUGGUAGAACGUCAACACUAAUGAUGUAGAACCUUAAAUAUUGUGUAACCUCAGAGGAACAACUGGGUUCUGACCUAUUUUUUCUGCUAAAGAUGAUGUACGAACACUUAAAUCACAACAGUGGACGAUUCAGCGUCAACUUCUGAUGGAUCUGCCCUUACGCUCAAGUCUCGCACGAAACGGAAAUGAAAAUCACUCACGUAAACUAUCUUAAAGCACUUUCAGCCCUUCUAAAAGCUUAUACCAGUAUCCUUAACUAUUAUUGGACACCUGUUCGGUAUUAACUGACUAACCAGUGUCAUUGGUUCUGAGGAUUUCAAAUGUUUUUGCAGGCUUCUUGUUUUGUCUUUUUGUAAAUCAUUGAAAUUUUAGCGCUCUUGAAACUUGAGCACUCUCAGAGGAGGCGACAAUUAUGUAUCCAAGGACAGAGAAAUCAUACUUGAAUUUACGUAACGCUGUAAAAACACAAUUGAUAUUUGCCUGACUGAAUAUCAAGUCUGAAUAAUCACGUCCAAUAUUGUAGACUGACUCCACAGUAGCCAUUUCACCUUUGUGUGUUUGCAUCUUUUUUUUUUUUUUCUUGUGUACCAAAAGAUUUCUUUUGCAGCUUGGUGCAGAAUGACACCAGCCAGUGCACACUUUUUUGUUUUGUUGUUGAAUUAAUUUGUUUCUUUGUUAUUUUCCUGCAAUCUUGUCAUUCAGAAGUGCAUUUGUCUUGGGAGAAACCUGCUCAGAAAUGCCAUAAGUUCCUCUGACGUCCAUCAAUCCUCAAAUCUGGUGUUCAGGAGAACCUCUUUAAUGCUUUUUUUUGGGACUGAUCAGGAUUCUAAUCUGCUGCUAAACAGAAUUCAGUCUGAAUUGCCGAAGCUCAGUGAGAACGUGACAGUUUUCUCCUAUAGGUGACUCACUAGCUAAAAUAAACAUUAUCCAUGUUUAGCGA